GCUCCGUUCGGCCGCGCUCCGCUCGGCUCGGCUCGGCCCGGUUCGGCUCCGCUGCGUCCCGCCCAGCCCGGUUCGGCCCGGCCCGGCCCGGCCAUGGGCUGGCCCGUGCUGCUGACCGCGGCCGCGCUGCUGGCCGCCGCCGCCGCCUGGGAGCCCUCGGCCGAAGAGGAGCAGCUGUUCAAGGCCUGGAUGCUGCAGAACGAGCGGCGCUACGGCCCCGAGGAGUACCCGCGCCGGCUGCGCAUCUUCCUGGGCAACAAGCGGCGCGUGGAGGAGCACAACGCCGGCAACCACAGCUUCCAGAUGGGCCUCAACCAGUUCUCGGAUCUGACCUUCGCGGAGUUCAAAAAGCUGUACCUGUGGAGUGAGCCGCAGAACUGCUCAGCCACCAAGGGGAAUUUCCUGCGCAGCUCUGGGCCACAUCCCGACUCCAUCGACUGGAGGAAGAAGGGGAAUUUUGUGACACCCGUGAAAAACCAGGGUGCCUGCGGGAGCUGCUGGACCUUUUCCACCACGGGCUGUUUGGAGUCUGCUAUUGCCAUUGCCACGGGAAAGCUGCUCUCUCUGGCAGAGCAGCAGUUGGUUGAUUGCGCCCAGGCCUUCAACAACCACGGCUGCAGUGGGGGCCUGCCGAGCCAAGCCUUCGAGUACAUCCUGUACAACAAGGGGCUCAUGGGGGAGGACAGCUACCCGUACAGGGCCAAGAAUGGCACCUGCAAGUUCCAGCCCGAGAAGGCCAUUGCCUUUGUCAAGGAUGUGAUCAAUAUCACACAGUAUGAUGAAGACAGCAUGGUGGAAGCUGUGGGGAAGCACAACCCAGUGAGCUUUGCCUUUGAGGUGACGAGUGACUUCAUGCACUACAGGAAAGGAGUGUAUUCCAACCCCCGCUGCGAGCACACCCCUGACAAGGUGAACCACGCCGUGCUGGCCGUGGGCUACGGAGAGGAGGAUGGCACUCCCUACUGGAUCGUCAAGAACUCCUGGGGCCGCCUGUGGGGCAUGCAGGGGUAUUUCCUUAUCGAACGAGGCAAGAACAUGUGUGGGCUGGCUGCCUGUGCCUCCUACCCCGUUCCUCAGGUGUAGCACGGGCAGGCUGGCCCGGGGCUGCAGUGACUGACGCUGCUCCAGGGCUGAGGCUGGCACCAGAGAGGCAGAACCAGUGCCACGCCUGCCUGCUGGGGGUGUCACCUGCUGGGGGUGUCACCUGCUGGGGGUGUCACCUGCUGGGGGUGUCACCUGCAGGCAGCCUGGCUCAGGCACACAGCAGCCAGGUUCUCCUGCAGCAGCAGCCCGAGCUGAGCCUGCCCCUCCAGCCAAGCCCCGGCGUGCUGCUGUGCCCCUGCCAGGUUCCCUCCUCCUGCCGUGCCCAGGUGUGCCUCCAUCCCCCGGGGCAGCAGGGCCCGCCUGGGUGCAGGGGAGCCCCACAGGAACCGAUUUGGGGCACACACCCCUUGGGUGGCUUUCCUGCAAUCACCAGGUGUAAAUUGUAGCGAUUUUAAAUUUUUCCUUGAAGGCAAUUUCCCUGUUCUUUAAAGGAAGGAUGAGUGAGUGCUGUGAUUUAUACACUUUUACCAAUUUUGAUUAAAUGCUUGCUAUAUUUUGUAUUAAAACCCAGGGUAUUUUAAUGCACAUAGAGAAGAAACGGGUGAUUUUUCUUUAAUCCACCAGCGAAGACCCCAGAACCUCGGUGCCGAUUCUGAGCAGGCGCUGGGGAAAUGAAGCCGCGUGUGAGCUGGGGCACGUCUGUGUUUUCACAGUGAAAUUUGUCACUGACAAUAAAGCUGCCUCGUCACCGGA